AUGGCAUUUAAUCCAUUUCUGGCGAGGCCAGACCUCGCCUUGCUUGGUCCGCUGAUGGGCCAAUUCCCUGCACUACCCGGGCCCACCGGAUUCUUCCCCCGUAUCCCAACGGAAAUUGCGGAAUUGUCACACCCGCCGAUGAUGCCCCCUGCCCGACCAUCAGAAGACGACGGUGUAGAAGACCAUCCCCAAGUCGAGCUCGAUGAUCAGGAUCUAUGGAGACGAUUUUCUGACUGUGGCACCGAGAUGGUUAUCACCAAGAGUGGCAGGAGAAUCUUCCCGGCGUUCAAGGUGAAGCUGUCUGGGUUGGACAAGAAGAGCAAGUACACAUUGUUGAUGGAUAUCGUGCCGGCUGACGAGUGUCGAUAUAAAUUUAACAACAGUCGAUGGAUGGUUGCGGGAAAGGCUGAUCCGGAAAUGCCGAAACGCAUGUACAUCCACCCCGACAGCCCGGCCACCGGUGAACACUGGAUGGCCAAGGGCGCCAAUUUCCACAAGCUCAAACUCACCAACAAUAUGGCCGACAAGCACGGAUUUACGAUACUCAACUCGAUGCACAAAUAUCAGCCUCGGCUUCACGUCGUCCGAUGUUCCGAGCUGAUCCAGCUGCCAGUAUCGACGUUUCGGACAUUCGUCUUCAAGGAAACGGAAUUUAUUGCGGUCACGGCGUAUCAAAAUGAUAGGGUGACGCAGCUGAAGAUCGACAACAACCCAUUUGCCAAAGGUUUUCGGGAUUCUGGUGCUGGCAAGCGGGAAAAGAAGCGGGUGAUGCAAAAUGGGUCCCUUGGACAUCCGCCAAGGUCCGAUCAAAGUGAAAGCGGAAGUAGUCCACCUCCAAAGUCUUCCCCUGACCGUCGUGCCGACAGUGCGGAACGUGAUGAAGAAGAUUCUGAAGAUGAAGAACGGGGUCCGGCCGCGAAACGCAUCAAGCACGAAGGACCCACCCACAGCCCAGUUAACCCCAUUACAGGAAUAGGCCCUCCUCCCGGCCUACCGCCACGUGGGCUCCAGCCCGGCCUCUUCCCAUUCAUGAUGCCGCCGCCCGAGCUUUUCUAUUCCCAAAUUUUAUCACAUUGGCAAGCGCAAGCCGCGUUGAUGCAGCAGACAGCAGCUGCCGCCGCUGCUGCUGCUGUCAGCCCUACCGUACCUGCUCUCCCUCCAACCCCUCCAGCCACCGUCCCUCGAAGUCCCAAAAAAGAGCUCGAACCCCAGAUUGCCCGAAAAGGCUUCGGGGUUUGUGAUCUCCUAGCCAAAGAA